CAAAAUUUUCCGGGUAGCAGAAAAUUCCGGAACACCGGUUCAGUCGUCGCCAUUUUUCUCGGAAGUUGUCAGUAACGGCAGAGCGGGGGCCGGACGUCUGCGGUACCGGACCGGUGAGGAUGUCGUUCGUCGUCCGGCUGCAGGGUCUUCCCGAUGCCGCGGAUUCCUUAGACAUUCGGCGCUUCUUCUCUGGAUUGAAUAUUCCCAGAAGAGGAGUAUGUAUUAUGGGUGGAAAGUACGGUGAGGCAUACAUUAUAUUUGAAACGUAUGAACAUGCCCAGUAUGCCUUGAACCUGUCAGGCCGUCCCCUGAAGGAGUCCUAUGUCCAUCUAAGAUACAGCAAUGAAGAGGAGAUGAGACGUGCCCUGGAGAUCUACCAGAUGGGUCCACGUCUUUCAGUGGGCACAUCGAAUACCUCCGAAAAAAAGAAACCCUCAGGGUUUUCAUACCUGUACGUAUGCGGGCUGUCAAGCGAUGCCACAAGACGGGAUAUCUGGGACUUCUUCAAGGGGUUCCUUAUGGAAGCCAUCUUGUAUAUAGAGUGUAGAAAUAAUCCCAAACUUAGAAAGGCCAUUGUUAAGUUUGGAAAGGUGAGCGAUGCCAGUGAAGCGGCGAAAAUGAACAUGCAGCCGCUCUGUUACUGCCCGGUAAUGCUCAAGGUUUCUAAUGAGGAGGAAUGGACCUUCCAUGGUGGAGAUAAGGUUGCAAGGAGGCUGCGUUCAUCUAGCCGAUCCAGAUCACCACUACCCAGGAGAAGCAGUUCUGAGUCGUCGCCCUACAUACGUGACUUCUAUGUGCAUCUCAUUAACCUGAGCUACAAGGCUGAGAAAAGCGACAUCAGACAUUUUUUUUAUGGUUGUGACAUGAAAGACUCGGACAUUACCUUCCUCGUUGACAAAGAAGGUAAAAGGACAAGAGAAGGUUUUGUUCUGUUCACCACAGAAACCGAUUAUAGACGAGCAGUGUCCAUGGAUGGGGGGACUUUGAAGGGGCACUCCAUCAGUGUAAUGCCCAUCCCCAAGAAGGCCAUGUCUGAGUUAAUCAGUCGUAUGAAAGUCCGCACCUGUAAGGAUUGCUCCGAGAAGAGCGUGUCUCCUCACCGACCCUCUGAGGAGAGAAAGUGCCUGUAUCUGCGCAAUUUUCCAUCGGAUGUCGCUAAAGCUGACAUCCAAAAGUUCUUUACUGGGCAGCCUGUGAAGGAGGAGGACAUUGUCCUGCUACGUGACAGCAGAGGGGUGGGCCUCGGAGAAGCCUUGGUGACAUUCGCAGAUGAAAGAGAGGCGUCUAACGCUGAAAGGCUAAAUGAUCAGACCUAUCUGGGGCUAAAAAUUGUGGUGAGCCGCAUUACGGAGAAACAGCUGACGCCAUUAAAGGAGGCCAACCAAGCCGAAAUUGCCAUAGUGUCUGAAGCAGACGAUGCACCUGAUGGAGUGGGCACCGACGGAGACUCCGCUGCGGCUACCACGUCUAAUGAUUCCCAAGCGGUGCAGCGUGCAGUCACUGAAUCGGCACUCCCAUCAGGAUGGCAUCAUGUACCGGUAACCCCACUGAUUCAGAACAUUCCGAAGAGCGUGAACGGGUGUCAUGAGGAACCAGCCUGCCAAGGUGAUAAGACAGAGAAUGGUGACGCAACAGUACUGUUUCUUAGGAACCUGCCCGUAUCUGUCACUGCUGCUGAAAUUUUAGACUUUUUCCACGACUACAAAGUGAGUUCUGUGAAUCUCAGGAACAUCGAACAAGGCGUUGCCACCGUGCGCAUGCCAAACCAGGCGGAGGCAGAAUCCGCCAUAAAGGCCCUCAACAACCACGAACUGUGCCAAAAGCAGGUGUCCCUCACCUUAACAUGAGUCCUGGAGAUCGAGAAGUCCUGCCCCCGGGACUGUCCAAGGCUGAUGUCCACCGAUUGUCUUCUAAUAUCAAUAAAUGGCCUCAUCAGGGCGAGA